AUGGCCCGGCCUUCCGACCAACAGGCAAAGCUGCCUGGCCUGUUUUGCCCCUUCCCAGAGGGCAAGAACCCCGAGUACAGCGACGCCGCCAAAUCGCGCAUCAAGGCCUCCGCGACGUUCUCAGGAAAGAAGGACGAGUUCCAUUCCUUCAUCCUGAGCAUAAAGAACAAAUUUGACGAAGACGUACGAACCUUCCGGACUGAGAACAGCCGGAUGGUCUGUCUGUAUAACCUGCUCGAGGGAAAAGCCCGCCGAGCACUUGAAACCCGCUUCUCCUCUGACACUCGACCCUUCUCUGGAGUGGCAGAGAUGAUCCAAGCCCUCGAGUCCGCCUAUGGCAAUCCGAAUGAGCUUUCCGAGGCUCUUGACCGCCUGCAACGCCUCCAGUUUACCGUGAAUGGGAAGACCGACAUUGUGGACUUCCUUGCGGAAUUUGACUACUUAACUGCGACCGGUCGUGUGCCCGAGGACCAGAUGAAGCAUACCUUGUGGCAGCACAUCCCGGCCAACCUAGAUAACAGCCUCUUGACCAAGACCCGUGACGAGUCCGUGACCUACGAGGUUUUCUGUGGGUUCAUUAAGGACGCUGUCCACUGCCAGAAGAGGAGUAUGAGGCAGACACAGGACUCCCGCUCUUCCGACCGAUCUCGCCGCGCGCCGACUAAGACUGCUCCGACUACCGCCAAGACUCCGAACAAGACCGGCUCGACCCUAUCACCUCGCGUGAUGCUGGCAGAGCCUUGA